ACAGGGCUCAGACGUGCAUGGUUCAUUGACAUGAAGAAAUGGGGCUGCUGAGCAACACUGGGUUACUGGCAUCUGUGCCGCAGAAGUCUACAGAAGCUUCUAGAAAUACACAGCAGAGUCCAGUUGAGCUAAGAUGCUCAGUGACGCCGGCGCCGUUCAUGCUUCGGCCGUACGCGGGGCUUUACAACCCCUUCUCGCACGGCUGCUCCGUGCUGUGCAACCACCCGGCUGAUACUGAAGCCAAAGAGUUUGUGAGGCGCGCUAAAGACUCCUGGCUAUUGGAUGGUAAAACUCAUUGCUUCGGUGAGGACCUGAGCAAGAUACAAGAUUUGAAUGGCCCGGAUAAAGAUAAGAUCCGAACUCCUCAUGACAUCGUUACAGAGGACAUGUUUAGAAGAUAUACUGAAACAGACUCGCGACCACUGACGCCCGCUCCGACCCUCGCCAGCGGCAAGUCCAGAGGUUCCCGAAGAUGCCUCACCCCCGACCAGCCGCACCACAGAACCACCAUCGUUCUAGACCUAAGAAGAAGUCACAGCCAGGAAACGCUGUACUACCACGGCUACACAACCUCGGACAUGACAGCAGGCCACGGAACGAGCGCCACCAACGACCGCUCGCUGCCAUCCCUGAUUCUCUCAGAAGGCGCUCACAGCCGCCUUAUCAAAGGCCAGUGCGAGCAGCUGCCGCCGCUGGCGUCGCCACUUGUGCUGUCCAAGAGGGCGCCUGUCAUUAAGGAGAGUGAUACUAGUCGGGAAAAUAAAAAGAAUCAGCUGAAAGCCCUAAAGCUGGGAAAGGUGAUCAAGACCAAGAAUAAAGCUGACGCUGCCCCUGCGUCGCAGCGCUCCAAGUCGGAGAAGGAUACUGAUCGGAGCGAAACUCUUCGAGGCACUUUAGAUGGCUCUGGAGACGGUGAAAUCCGCAGGCGUGGCAAGAAGCACCGCAAGCGACCCACCGGCAGCGACCGCCUCACUUCCGCAGGUCUCGCCGCGCAAUCGCAACAGGAUCCGGAAACACAAAUCGCUGGCAUCGGCACAGACUCCCAAAACCCCAGUUCCCGCGGCUCCAUAGCUCCGGUCGACGAUGACGUCAUAGUUCUACCUGUGAUCAAACAGACUGCAACUAAGAAGACAGACUCCUUCUUAGAUGAUGAAAUACUGAAGUAUCUACACAGGGAGGUGGAUGAAGAGGCCAUUGAAACUGAAUUUGAUGCUAAGCGCCGUUACGUCCUAGAGGAAGCCCUACGCACCCGACCAGAGCGGCGGCCGGGGCAGGAGAUGCAGACCCUGCUCCGAGAGCUGAAGGUCUCCGCCGUCAGCCUUGGCGACUGGCUGCACAUUCCGAGGGUCUUCUCUCGGCAGAGUGCGCAGUUCUCGCUGCCCAUCGACUCUAAUGAGCUGGAGAACAUAACUCCAAUGCAGUACGCGGCGCGUUUCGUGACCCUGAAAAAGUCCAAGCAGUUGUUGUACCUGACGGUUCUGAGGAGGUUUAGACCCGAUAGCUAUAGGAUGCCAAUACAGGACAUUGAAGCAGGCCUGACGCUCAUGAUGGGCGGCAUCCUCAGCACGGCGCAGGUGGAACAGUUCCGCUCCAUAAUGCAGUGGCCAGGAUACGAGGAGGAGGAUAUCCCAGACGAGAUCAAACUCACUCUAGAGGGAUAUAGAGAACGAAGGGCCUCCAAGGAUAGUGAAAAGGCAGAUAUCAACACGCUGAAGUACCGCACGUGGUGCGGCCUGUGCGCUAUUUGCGAGCGCAUGUAUGGCAGGUUCCCGCCGAGAGACAAGGACCCACCGGACGGGAUGGAACUAAGCGAUUUCACUAUGGUGGAGACAAAGUUAGCCAUGUUGAAAGUCAACGCUGGGUUGAUAGAAGUUCUAAAUACUAUCAGGGUGCGAUAAAGUGUUGUGU